ACAGUUAACACAGUUGCAGGGAAACAUGUUUUAAAGGGAAAAAAAAAGGAUAUAAAAAAGAUAAGCGUUUGUUUAUAGAACUAUAUAAGAAUGAGUUUUCCGGAAUCUCGCAUCGUCACUCCAGGUCCAUACAGGGCUACGAAAUUGUGGAAUGAAGUUACAAAACUGUUCAGGGCUGGUAUGCCAUUAAAAAAACACAGACAGCACUUCCGAGUUUAUGGCUGCUGUUUUACUGCAGUGUCUGCUGUGGACUGGUUACAUGAACUUCUGAAAAACAACAGUAACUUUGGUCCAGAAGUUACCAGACAACAAACGGUUCAGCUGCUGAGAAAGUUUCUGAAGAACCAUGUGAUUGAAGAUGUGAAGGGGAGAUGGGGCUCAGAAACCUUGGAGGAUAAUAGCCAGCUCUAUCGGUUUCCUUCAACAUCGCCCUUCAAGGUGGUUCAAAAUCACCCCCUGUUUGCAAGAAAGAGCAGUGCAAAUGGUUUAAUAAAGGAUAAAGAUGGCUUUUUUAAAUUCCCUCACCUGAACAGAAGAAGCUCAAAGAAAUAUGAGGAUGAGGAACUCCAGGAAAAUACGGAGCCAGUAAGUAAAGCAGAGCCAAUGGAAGUCCCUGAAAAGGCACCACAAGUGCACAGAAGAGAAAUAACACAGGAGGAUAUAGAUGAUGUUUGGAGAAAUAUUACACUAACACAUUUACAGAAAACGUUGGGUCUGACCUCACUGGAAGAGGUCCUGGACUUGGCACAAGUUAACCCUCAUCACAUUGUUUACAACAUGACUAACGUCAACAAGCAUGGUGUUGUAACGUUACAGGACAAAUUGGGGGACCUCCCUCACUGGGUAUUAUCUGCUAUGAAGUGUUUGGCAAACUGGCCAAAGUACGAUACAAACCAGUCAUCUUAUCCUGGCUUUGAAAGGGAUGUUUUCAAAACGGUUUCAGAUUAUUUUCUGAAUCUUCCUCAACCGCUGGUGGCAUUUGAAUUCUAUGAACUGUUUGUGAAUAUCUUGGUUUUGUGCGGCUACGUCGUGGCCCCAAAAACAAGACAAGGAAAACGUAAAAACGAGGAUGAACCCUGCUGUCCUCCGCCAUCAAAAACACAGAACUUAAACAAUGUUGUCCCCUUCAAAUCAACUGAAUGUUUAUUACUGAGUUUAGUCUGUAAAGAUGCUUUAGAGGGCAAUCAAUCCCCACAGCACGAUGAAGUGUUCUCUGAUGAGACAGGAACAAGGGAGCGGAUGCUGCAGAAGGGCUGUGCAAGGAGAAUACAGCAGAACAAUGCAGCUAGCAGAAGAGCCAGUGACGUAAUGGGAGGUAGCUGUCAAAAUCUCUCCGCCUUUCCCAUGCCAGCUAGAUUUAGGAAAAGGUGCUAUUCUCUUGAAGGCAUCAUGGAUGUUUCAGUUGAAGGUCCUUCCAGAGACUAUUCACAGUAUCUCCUGUUCCAGUCUGGAGACAACUUGGCCAGCAUGAAGCCUAGCUCUCAUUCUGUUCUUCACAGUUCUUCUGAUGCUGACUCCAUUGUGUUCUCUAUUUCUUCAUCUACUAGUGACAGAUGCCAAAAAGAUGAUUUACCAUGCAGUGGUCAAUCAAUCACUCCUUGCAUGCUUUCUCAGGGAUUUCGACCACUAAUAAGCAGAUCAGCCAGCAUUGGCAGUUAUCUUGAUAUUGGCCAACGUAAUGAGAGAACCGGUAGUUGCUUUAGCAUAAAUGCUCCUGUGGCAGAAAUAACCAUGAAACCGGAUUUUUCUUCCAACAUUGAACUGAGGAGACCCAGUUUAGCUGCCUCCAGGAAAGAUGACUGUGUCGUCUCUAAAUAUGCAGCUAUGAACAGACAAUGUCUAAGCACCGUGGAACUUUCUAGAAACUCUUCUACCGCUGCACCAUCAUUGUCCUCUUUUGCACGAAGUGUCAAUGCUGAUGAAAGUCUUUUGCAGCCUCAGUUAGAAAGGGUUGCAAUUGAAGCACUGCAACUAUGCACCCUUUUACUACCUCCAGCCAACCGGCGUAAGCUCCAGCUGCUGAUGCGGAUGAUAUCUCGAAUGAGCCAGAAUGUGGACAUGCCACGGCUUCAUGAUGCUAUUGGAACACGAACUUUGAUGGUGCAGACAUUUUCCCGUUGUGUAUUACGCUGUGAAGAGGAAGUUGACCUUGAUGAGCUCUUGGCAACAAGGCUGGUUUCCUUUUUAAUGGACCACCACCAGGAGAUUCUUCAAGUACCUGUUUACCUGCAGAAUGCGGUUCAGGACCAUAUCAACUACCUCAAGAAAGUUCAGAUUACUUAUCCAGGGACAGGUGUGAGCGCCACCUUGCCAAUGUACUCCUUCUGUAGACAGAUAAGCAUUCAGGAAUUUGAGCAACAGAAGCUAUCUGCCUCCCAAGCUGCCAUAGCUGAUCUGCUGGAAAGCCUCCUCAAAGAUAAAAAUCUCUCUCUUAAGGACAAAAAGAAGAAGCUUAAACAGUUUCAGAAAGAAUAUCCAGAAAUCUACCACAAUCGUUUCCCAACCACAGAAAGUGAAGCCCAACUUUUUGUUGACAAACCAAAGAUCAAGCCUCCAAUGUUGAUAGCUAUGAAGAAGCCCAAAAUACUUGGCAUGCGAAACUGAAGGUGGACUGUUUAAAAGAAGAAUCUAUUCCUGAGGAAUAGACCCCUUUUACAUCUGGAAAAAAAAAAAAAAAAGUUAUUGUAAUCCUAGAACAGGUGCAGAUUACUUGAGGAUCAAGACUAGAGGCAAAUUUUAUUUUCCUUAUUUAUCCAAAUUAUAAUCUUAGUGUCUUGUUGAUUUCCCCCCCCCCCCCCAGUCUUAAAGCAAAGGCUUGCUUGCUUUCUAGAUCUUGCCUAGUAGAAAAUAUUGUGGAUUGUAUUGACCAUUGUAGUUAGUCUGAGGGGAGUAAAGCCUAAGCGCAUCAACCAAUUAACAGCUGAAAGUUAAAUGAUUUCCCUUUUUUAUGUAUUGAAUUUGCACUUUUUAUCUGUGUUUUAUACUUGGUUAUAUUUAAAAUGUUCUGAAGUUUUUUUUCACAUCAUUACUUCAUGCCUGGGCUAUAUAUAUAUAAACUUUAUGCUGUGUAUUCACAUGGAGCCAAUGAUUGUAUAGGUUGGUAGUGGUCUCCUCAGGCAACCCUCUUGUUUAUUUUCAGCCCCUCAUUUUGUUAUCCAAACCCUUUGAACCUCAUCGAUAGAUAUCUAUCACAGGGCUACGCUGUUCAAAUGUGGUUGUCAGGGUCCAUAAUUAGGUGACCACGUUAUUUGUUUUUCACCUAUAACACAUAUUGGCAUUUUUGUUCAUGAAAUGAUUUACAAUGCCCACAAGCCAAAUUAAUAUUGUAGCAUAUGGUGAAAAAUGAAGGAAGGAGAACACACACUUUGCAUGUACUCAAAUCCACGGUUUGUUGGGCCGAUUAUUCACAGCCCCUGUUAGUCUGGGCCACACCAAAAACAACAAAACAAUCUUGCACUUUCACAGCAGCACAUUCAUACAGAAGCUUGUCCCACUCUUUAGCGCAGCACAUUUUUUUCCUAGAGCAACCCUCUUUGGAGUCAAUCUUACAAAGAAAAGCCUCUUUGUUUUUCUUUCUUUGAGCCAUCCAUGCAAUGUAGAUUCUGCAACAUUUAUACCUUUUGAAACUGCUGCUUGAGUUUCACCUUUCCUUACUCUGUCCAUUGCACCAAGCUUCAUUUUAACAGAUUUGUUUUUUUGCUGUCUGCCAUGCUUCGUACUGUAUAUCUGGAAUGUUCACCCAACGUUUGAGUCAAAUUGGGAGAAAUAGGAGCCACAACCUUACCGUGUUGUAACUGAUUCUGCACUAUAUAUUCUAAUAACACAAUAUGUGUAAAUAAGUAUGUUGCAGAUUUGUGCAACACAGUCUUUUUGUAUUGAAAGCAAAACAAAGUGAAUAUACACAUUACACAAAGUAGACCAAAACUAGUUUAACAUGUUUGACAGACUGACCGUUUAAUGGUUUGCACUAUUGCCUGUAUUUGUAUAUAAAAUGUUAAGUCAUUAAUUUAAAGUACCUCAGACAUACUUGUUUACAGUUUUUGACCCUGCAUGUCACUGUGUUUGUCUUUACAGCCACAUCUGUACAAAAAACUAAAGGAUCUGAAC